AUGAACGUCCAGGAGACACCCUCCACGGACGUCGAGAUUGGAGGCAUCCGCACGCGCGGCUCCUUCCAAGCCGGCCAGAGUGAGACGCGCUAUUCGGUGCGCACUAAGAAGGAGGGCACCAAGGUAAUCCUGCAGGGUCUCACCGGCCACUUUCGUGCCGGCCGGCUGACCGCCCUCUUUGGGAGCAGCGGGUGCGGGAAGACAUCCCUGAUGGACGUGCUCGCCGGGCGGAAGACGACGGGCACGAUCGUGGGCGAGGUCCGCUUCAACGGCGCCACGUGCUUGAAGAAGAACAUCAAGCACCUCUGUGGCUAUGUCGAACAGUUUGACAAUCUCGUGCUCAGCGUCGAGCAGAUGCUCAUGUACACCGCCGAGCUCAAGCUGCCCGCGCUGACGCGGGCGCAGAAGCGCGAGCGGGUGGAGGAGGUAAUCGCGCAGCUGCGUCUCGAGGGCUGCCGCAAGACGGUCAUUGGCGGCGAGCUCGUCAAGGGCAUCUCGGGCGGGCAGAAGAAGCGUGUCAACAUCGGCCUCUCGCUCAUCACGCGGCCGCCCGUCCUCUUCCUCGAUGAGCCAACGACCGGCCUCGACUCGGCGAUGGCGGACGAGGGCCGUACCGUCGUCGCGACCAUCCACUCGCCGACUGCGAGCGCCUUCUCGCUCUUCGACGACCUUCUCAUGCUGCGCGACGGGCAGCUCGUCUACGCCGGAGAGUGCGGCGACGCCGCCGCCGACUACUUUUCGAAGCGGGCGCGCGCGCUCGCCGCGAAGCGGGCGCGCGGCUCGGCGGCCGGCGACGCCCUCGCCACCGCCACUCUCGCCGCAACCUUUCGGGAGAGCGACGCCUGGACCAGUCUCGAGGCGGAGCUGGCGCUGGCGCACGGCGACGGCACCAAGCCGCCGGUGGCGGUGCCGGCGCACUUGCGGCGUGCGUCGCCGCUGAGGGCGAUCCUCAUCCUGCUUAAGUACCGCGCGCUGACCGACUACCGCGACCCCGUCUACUUGGGGCCGCGCAUCGGCGACAAGCUCGUCUUCUCGCUCAUCGUGCUCACGCUCUACCUGGGCGAGGGCGGCGAGAUGGCGCCCGCAAAGGUCGCGGGCGUCACUGGCACACUCUUCAUGGUGACGGCGCUCUGCGGCUACGGCGCCGCCUCGGUGGUGCCCUCGCUCGUCCUCGACCGGCCGCUCUUCUACCGCGAGACAAACGACGGCUGCUACGGCCCCUUCGCCUACUUCACGUACAAGAUCAUCCAGGAGCGCCCCCGCCUGAUCCUCGCUGUCGCCGACCGGCGGCGCCCUCUCGCUCUGGUGCCGCAGGAGGGCUUCCUGUGCGUCUUCACGUCGCUCCUCUUCACCGUCGUCAUCUUCUGGGGCGUGCAGUUCCAGGGCAGCUUCUUCAUCCUGAUGCUCUCCUACUACCUGGUGACAAUGAUCUCGAUCGCACUCGCCUAUGCCAUCGCCUCGCUCGCGCCGACGCUCGAGGCGGCCUCCGCGAUGCUGCCGACUUACGUCACCACGGUCAUGUUCGUGGCGGGGCUCAUCAUGCUCACGGACGAGAUCCCGUCGCAGUGGGCGUGGUACGGCUGGACGUCCUUCAUCCGGUACGGCUGGGCGGCGAUGAUGAACAACCAGUUCCAGGGCCACCCGAACGGCGAGGCCAAGCUCUUCCUCGACGCAAACGGCACGGCCAUCACCGUGCUCGACUUUUACGGCCUGCGCGGCCCGGUGCUGGGCGACAAGUGGGCGUGCAUCGGCAUGCUCGUGGCCAUCUUCGCCGUCUUCUUCACGUGCGGCCUCGGCGUCCUCAGCAACAUCCGGCACGAGCGAAGGUAG